AUGUACAGGAAAUUAGUGGUGCUCCUCCUGCUGAUCCACCUGGCAGCCGGGGGUCAGAUCCAGGAUGCUGCCGAGGAGAUCGAUGUGCCGCCUGCCCACCGGGCUGCACCACCACCGCCCCAGGCAGCUGGAGCUGCUGCUCCACCACAGCCACUGGGGCCACCACUGGGUCCUCCACCACCUGUGGGCUCUGCUCCGCCACCGAGUUAUCCUUUGUACUACCCAGCUGCGUGGCUGCCAUUCGGACGCUUCAGCGACUCCAUUCCCGUCCAGAUAGUCGCUGUCUGA